AUUCACUUUUAUUUGUGCUAUUUUGAUUACUUUUUUGUAGAAGUUUAAAAAAAUUAUAAAUUUUCAUUUUUCCAACUGUAAUGUGUAUGAUUUCCCGAAACUUACCCUAAUGUGUAUCCAAUACUAUUAUGUAUAAUAAUAGUAUUUUUUGUAUAUGGUACCAUAAAUUGUAAUAAUUAAUUCCAACCUCUAAUUAUUAAUUGUAACAUGUAAAAUAUAUCCUAAUGUAUGAAAAAUCGGUUAAUGCUAAUAUUUAAUGUUUACCCUUUACGUCUUGUACCAUAAAUGAUUAUAAUGUGAAUAAUAAUGGAAAAGGAUCAUGUAUCGAAAUGUAUCUCAGAAAUUGAAAACUACUUGAAAUCAACAAACGCUAACGAGAACAUUCUAAACUCAUUUAACACCCUGAAAAACUUGAUUAUUAACUCUAAACUUAACCUUAGUGUCGUUAAACUCUUACUUUCAAAGUUAAAUAACUCUUCUUCUAACUUACAACCGAUUAACCCUAGUAUAUUUAAUCCGGAAUCAAGUAAUAACGAGACGAUGACUCCAGAGAAUCGAGGCUGGACCAUUGGAAAGAGUAGAAGAAAGAAAAAACUGAAUAGCGAGAACGAAUAUAUUCAACAAAUUGGCUUAAACUGGCACUUGGAUUUGAUAGAACUUUCAAACUAUCCAACGGUUCUAGAAACAGGCCCAAUUGUGGUUGUAGGAAAGCAUCUUCUUCACUGCGUAGGGAAUCUCAUUCACCCCAAUUUCAACACUAACUUAAUACCUGUACUUCAAAAUCUACAACAACACUACCUAGCCAAUCCCUACCACAACGCUCUACACGCCGCCACAGUAGGGCAUAUGAGUAAAUUAUUAUCGAAUAUAGUGACUACAAAGCGUAGAUUGAAUCCUUAUGAGGAGUUUGCGUUCAUAAUAUCAUCGCUAGCGCACGACGUCGGUCAUCCAGGUAAAACUAAUAAUUAUCUCUCAAACACAAGUAAUGUGUUAUCGCUGAUUUACAACGAUAACAGCACUUUGGAAAACUACCACUGCUCACUUCUGUUUUACAUUAUUAAAAACAAUACCAACUUCUACUCUAUAAUCCCCAAGGACAUUUGGCCAUCACUCCGCAAGAGAAUUAUUCAACUCAUUCUUUCCACUGAUAUGAUCAACCAUUUUCUACAUAUCGACAACGUCAAGGAAAAGAGGCUUCAAGGAAAGUUUGAUAUUAAAAAUGAUGACGAUUUUUGGCUUUUAUUAGUGCUAUGCAUAAAGGCGGCUGAUAUAGGACAUAAUUUCCUACCCUGGGCAGACCAUUUACCCUGGACCCAAGUACUCUUUGAAGAGUUUUACAAACAAGGAGAUGAAGAAAAAAUGCAGUCAAUUUCUCCACUUAUGUUCUUUGAUCGGAAUGAAUCUCGCAACAUACCCAUUCUUCAACUACAAUUCUUCAAUACCAUGACACAGUUAUUAAUUUUAUCACAGCCGUUGUUGAGUGAAUUGAAUUAUUUUGAUGAGAAUAACUUUAUAAAUGAUAUAUUAUCGAAGAAUUCGAACGAUAAUGCCAAUAAUUGGAAAAAAUAUGAAAAUAAAUCUAUACAUGACAUCUUACUUGAAUUAGAAAACAGUAACUUGAACCAAGAUAUUCCUGACGCCUUCAUUAACAAUUCAUAAUAUUGUAUCAUACUA